CCGACCCGGAUGGUUCCUGUACAGAGUCCCCCGUACUCUGGACCUUUCGAAGGAUUCAGCGCAAAAGUCUGUUAUAGUAAGGAGUCGCUGCGCCCCGUGAAGAAAGAAGGGUAUAUUAAGGCAUCGAGAUGCGUCUGGCAGCGUUAUGCAGUUCAUCACUCUCACGGUCUCACCUCCUCUACUCCAGCACAUAUACCAUCACUCUCUAGUCUGAUAUCUUUCCAAGAUGGUUAAAAUUGCUUUGUUCGCCUCACUUCUCCUCAGCGGAAUAGCUCAAGGUCUAGCUAUUGCUGAACGGGCUACCACCCCGGUUUGGCUCACUCUGCCGCCAACACCACCCCUGCCUUCCCCAAUCAGCAAGGCCAGGAUCCCCGUGGACGGCGUUGAGCUAUGGAUCCAAAAGUACAAUGAAGAUGCCCGCAAAACACCUUUGGUCUUUGAUCACGGCGGCCUAGGCUACUCGGCCUACUUCGGUGCAGUCCUGAGCCGACUGAUCGCGAAGGGCCACUAUGUAAUCGCCCUCGACCGCCGUGGCCACGGCCGCAGCACGUUCAAGGAAGACGAUGUCUUCACAUUCGACCUCUUUGCCAACAAUAUCUACGAGCAGCUAAAGGCUGUGGGUGUCUCCAAGUACAAUGUUGUCGGCUGGUCCGACGGCGGCGCAACCACCAUCUCCGCCCUGCUGAACCGCACGAUAUCCCCCACGAUCGAGAAGGCAUUCCUCUUCGGUGCUUUCAUGGUCCCGUCCGAUUCCAACCCGAAUUUCCCGAAUACGGACAUCUAUUCCCAGUUCGUUGCUCGCUGCGCGAAGGAGUACAGCCAACUCCAGCCCCAGGCCAACUUCACCUCAUUCGCGACCAAGGUAGCGACUCUGGAGGCUACCCUGCCAAAGUUCACCAAUGCCCAACUGCGCACCAUCGACGGCUCCAGGGUCAGGAUUGCGGGCGCCCAAUACGACGAAGCGGUGAAUCUGGAUGUCCCAGCUAAGCUGCACGCCGCCAUCCCGGACAGCAGCUUGGUCAUUCUGAAGAACGUCAGCCAUUUCGCACCGCUACAGGACCCCGAUCAAUUCACCAGAGCGUUGGAAGACUUUUUCUAUGCAUAAGUGUAAAAUUAUUAUUGAUCGACCGACAUUCACGAUGUCACGUGGUUGUGUGACUUUUAUAGACUAUUGUCAGCUAUAGUAUGCCUUUCUGCGCAUAGCGACGCAUUGAAGAGUCAUCUGUCAGUAAUGGUAUAUCACGGCGUUCGGUCGUUGUAUAAAGCUCUCCUCUUCACGUGGCAGAUUUCAACCAUAAUAGCAUACUUGAAUGGGAAGACGAAAUUUUCGAGGAGAGGGUUGCCGAGUGAUGAUGCAUACGGGACGGUGCUACGCAUGAUUAAUGCUGAUAACGAUCUCAGCUUCUGUGAGGGCGAUCAAGUAGUAUGUUCAUAAGCAGUAGAUAGAUCAUCGAUGUGACUUCUUGUCUGUCAA